AUGGUUUCAACGGCAAUGGCGAACGACUUGGCGGAUAGCCAAAUGUGUCCAUUCCAAACCAGUUCGGAAAAGAAAUGUGAAGAAGGAGGCGGAUGGUGGCGAAAACACUGCCAACAAAAAGGUGUACUCACGGCAAUGAACAAAGCGCAAGGAGCAUAUCCUGGACUUGUCUGGAACGGACAGCGUCUUUCGGCUGUGCAAAUGCUUAUUCGACCCCGCGGUUAUAUACCUCCUCAAAAAAAGCCAACAAAAUUUUGA